AUGACAGCGGAGACAACUCAAAAAACGACAACCAGAACAAAUGACUAUGACGCGAAAACUGUUGAAACUCAGCCACCACGUGUAAAGUUCGCUCAAGAUGAAACCAUUUCAACAGAAAGAGAUAAAAUUAGUUUUCCCGAUGUUUCAAGAAAUCAAUCACAAACACUUUUCAAUAUCCAAAAUCUCUUUUCUGGUCGUCAUAUACAAAAAAGAGUGACUACUAUCUCAACACCCGAAAAAACGUCUAAGAAAGGCUAUUGGCACAUUCCAGAGAUUGCCACUGGUUCCAAAUUUUUUCCAAGUUUUCAUUCAGCUUCAAGUCAAGUUUUGGGGAAAGAAACAAGCCAAAUGGAAAUUUCAAGAAAAUCAAAAGAAAAGCCAUCGAAAAUAAAAAAUGUUUAUGUUGAUAACAUGCUAACAGACGUUCUGAUUUUCUCCUCAGCAUUCUCUAAACCUUCAAGUGCCCCUUCCCCAGUUACCACUCCCACACUCACGGAAGUUCACUCUGAGUAUCUACAUUUACCAAACAGUAGGACCUUUACUUUUAAGCAACCUCUGAUGGAUUUAACUAGAACAGUACCAGGUCCUCUACCAAGAAGUAUACCUGUUAAAGCAGAAAGACAGUUGUCUGACCGUUCACAACAAAGUACUACAGUGGUACUAAGUAUUAGUCAUUUUCCAGGUACCAUCUCCCUACCACCACCAACUUUACCAAGAAAACCUGGAAGACUGUCUAUGAUAGAAAAUCUUGAAACAGAAUAUGAAAAUGUAGAAAGUGUCCCAAGGCAAAAAGUGCCAAGCCUACCUGAAGGUCUCAUUAAACCUAGAAAAAAAGAAGAAUCAGAGGGAUAUGUUAUAUACGGUGAAGCCUUUAAGACUAUUGCCGCCACACAAUAUGAAACAAUAACAGCCAUGACCAACCUGGCCAUAACAAACUGUCAAAUACAUGGAAGAAAUGCACUUAAUCUUAAGGGCUUUUUUAUCCUGAAUUGUCCAGACUUAACACCCUUGGCUUUCCAACUGGUAUAUCUUAACUUAUCAUUUAAUGAUAUCAGUUGCUUUCCCACAGAAAUACUUUGUCUUCAAAAUUUACAAAUACUGAACCUGAGAAGUAAUCCUAUCAAAGAAAUUCCUUCCGAAAUUCAACAACUUAAGUUCCUUAGAGUUUUCAACGUUGCCUUUAACUUGAUUACUACUCUUCCUCCUGGGUUAUUUUCCUUGUUCCAUCUUGAGACAUUUGAUAUUUCCUACAAUAAUAUUGCUUUUAUUCCAAAUGAAAUCCAGAAACUCAGAUCACUUGAAAAAUUGCUUGUUGAUGGGAAUGACCUGACUGCUUUUCCACCUGGAAUUUUGAAGCUUAACCUGAAAAGUAUCCUGUUUGAGAAUAAUUAUACUCAUCCUAGUCUUUGGAGAGAAAACUCUUUGAAUAGUCCACAGAGUCUUACUCAACUUACUUCUUUGUUCUUUUUAAAAAAUAAUCUAUGGAAACGUUAUGAUGUGAUCCCAGGGAAAAUUCAAAAGUUACUAAAAUGGACAUCCAGAUGUGAAUGGUGCCACGGUCCCAAGUUUGGUGAAGGUUUUCGCGUCAUCCGAUCCUUCGAUAUCUUUGGAGCAACACACCUACCCGUUAUGUUUCAUGUCUGUUCUUCUUCUUGCUAUAGAAAAGCAAAGGAAAGCAGUUUUGUUGUAGAUAACAUUCCUGGUAAAAGAACAGCUCUAAAUUCCGAGUUGAGUCAGGCGCAGAUUUAUGAGUCCCACUUGAAAAGCCAUUAA